AUGAAUGAAAACAUAAGUCACGUGGACAUACUCCAAAACAUAGACAACAACCUAUUUCACGUGAUCAUCACCUUCAUCAUUGAUUGUAAAGCUUUAUAUAAUCUGAAAAAUGCAAUCAAUAAAACAUUCCAAAUGUUCGAUCAAAGUCGUGUUUCGUACUAUUACUACCUCUUUGAACAUGAAAAAUUUAUGGAAUUGUUUAAAAAAUUGGAAGACUGUAUAACAGGGUGUCAAAAAUUAAACACUUAUCUGUCUCGCCAAAUUGACAGACUGAAGAAUAGUGUGGUUUACUGUAAUUUAAAAAGUGCUGUUUUUCCUGAAAUAUCAGGAGGUAGUGAUGACCUAGAUAUACCACGAGUGGUCUUCACACUGAGGAAAUACGAGUACUCAUAA